ACACCCAAACCAUCACUCUUUCCAUUUCCCAAACAUGACACUCAGAGUCCCAAAAGAUGAUGAGGCCGAGUCUAUGGAUUCAUUCUUGUUUGUGUGUGCCAAAUGCUUGACCACCUUUCCUUCCUCGGAAUCCUUGAUCAAACAUGAGAAGAAGGAACAUGGUGUUUCCAGCUCGAAGUCUUUGAGCAAGAAUGAGAAGGAACAGGGUCUUUCCUCAGAGGUUUUCAGAAAGCAUGAGAAGACCGUGAGCAAGCAUGGGAAGGAACAUGGUCUUUCCCCGAAGGCCUUGAGCAAGCAUGAGAAGGAACAUGGUCUUCCAAACCCGGUGAUCCCGCAUCUAGGCCAUCUUACUUCAGGCUUUGUCCCUAUAAAAAAGCCAAGGCCACCUGAGGCUAAGGCUAAGCCACCAAAGAAGAAGGGAACCUCAGCUUAAAGAGGAGAGGGCCAUGGAAAACCUAGUAGUAAAAACUAGAGAUGUGUAUAAAUAAGGUAUAUCUCUGUUGUGUCUUAUGGUGUUAAUGCUGGUCGUGUGUUAUAGGGUCUGUGUUAUGGUCAUGUAAUCAAAGCCAUUAUGGCUAAUAUAAUAUCUAGAGUAAU